UGGCUGAGCUCCGAGGCGGCGCGCCGGCAGCGGGGACGCCCGGAGGGGGUCGGAGCGGCUGGGGGCGGCGGCGGCCGGGCCGGGGCUCCCCCCCCGCCCGCGCUCGCCGCCGCGGUGGUGCGUCCCGGAGGUUACCGGAAGUGGCCGCGCUCGGCGCUGCCAUGUUGAGGAGCCGCCGCUGCCGCUGCCGCCGCCGCCGCCGCCGCCGCUUUGUUGUCGCCUCCUCCGGCUGAGGAGGCUCCCCGAGCGGGGGGAGUGGGGAGGAGGGGGGUCGGCCGCCGCAGCCAUGGAGGCCAACUGGACCGCGUUCCUGUUCCAGGCCCAUGAAGCCUCCCAUCACCAACAGCAGGCAGCACAGAACAGCUUGCUGCCCCUCCUGAGUUCUGCUGUGGAGCCCCCUGAUCAGAAACCGUUGCUUCCAAUACCAAUAACUCAGAAACCUCAGGCUGCACCAGAAACAUUAAAGGAUGCCAUUGGGAUUAAAAAAGAAAAACCCAAAACUUCAUUUGUGUGCACUUACUGCAGUAAAGCAUUCAGGGACAGCUAUCACCUGAGGCGCCAUCAGUCCUGCCACACAGGGAUCAAGCUGGUGUCUAGGGCAAAGAAAACUCCCACCACGGUGGUUCCCCUUAUCUCCACCAUCGCUGGAGACAGCAGCCGAACUUCGUUGGUUUCAACUAUUGCAGGCAUCUUAUCAACAGUCACUACAUCUUCCUCGGGCACCAACCCCAGUAGCAGUGCCAGCACCACAGCAAUGCCUGUGCCCCAGUCUGUCAAGAAACCCAGUAAGCCCGUCAAGAAGAAUCAUGCCUGUGAGAUGUGUGGGAAGGCCUUCCGGGAUGUGUACCACCUCAAUCGGCACAAGCUUUCCCAUUCGGACGAAAAGCCCUUUGAGUGUCCUAUUUGUAAUCAGCGCUUCAAGAGGAAGGACCGGAUGACUUACCAUGUGAGGUCUCAUGAAGGAGGCAUCACCAAACCCUAUACUUGCAGUGUUUGUGGGAAAGGCUUCUCAAGGCCUGACCACCUAAGCUGUCAUGUAAAACACGUGCAUUCAACAGAAAGACCCUUCAAAUGCCAAUUUUCCUCCCUCAUGCAGACGUGCACUGCUGCCUUUGCCACCAAAGACAGACUACGGACACACAUGGUGCGCCACGAAGGCAAAGUAUCAUGUAACAUCUGUGGGAAGCUCUUGAGUGCAGCAUAUAUCACCAGCCACUUAAAGACACAUGGGCAGAGCCAAAGUAUCAACUGUAAUACGUGUAAACAAGGCAUCAGCAAAACAUGCAUGAGUGAAGAGACCAGCAAUCAAAAGCAGCAGCAGCAACAGCAACAACAGCAGCAGCAGCAGCAGCAACAACAACAACAUGUGACAAGCUGGCCAGGGAAGCAGGUAGAGACACUGAGAUUGUGGGAAGAAGCUGUCAAAGCAAGAAAGAAAGAAGCUGCCAACCUGUGCCAAACCUCCACGGCUGCUACGACACCUGUGACUCUCACUACUCCAUUCAAUAUAACCUCCUCUGUGUCGUCUGGGACUAUGUCAAACCCAGUCACAGUGGCAGCUGCAAUGAGCAUGAGAAGUCCAGUAAAUGUUUCAAGUGCAGUUAAUAUAACCAGCCCGAUGAACAUUGGGCAUCCUGUAACUAUAACCAGUCCAUUAUCCAUGACCUCUCCUUUAACACUCACUACCCCAGUCAACCUCCCCACCCCUGUAACUGCCCCGGUGAAUAUAGCACACCCUGUCACCAUCACAUCGCCGAUGAACCUGCCCACACCUAUGACAUUAGCUGCUCCCCUCAAUAUAGCAAUGAGGCCUGUAGAAAGCAUGCCUUUCUUGCCCCAAGCUUUGCCUACAUCACCACCUUGGUAAACAGUAUUAUAAAGUCAAAAUAUGGGUUAAAGUAAAUAUUUACCAGCAACUUAAUUUUAGUUGAUUAAAGCAAAAAGCAGACUAUGAAAUUGGGAGGUUUUAUUACGUUAGUUAAUAAGAGUGUAGUAGCAUUUUGCUCCAAUUUGGCUGGGGUUGUUCAAAGUAGGGUAUAUGUGUAACUUAUCACUGGACCACAUUAGUUUAAUCAGAACCCCUUUUAGCUGACCCCAUUGCUUAAACAGGAUAGUAGCUGGCAAGGUGAAAUGCCAGAAUUAAAACCAAUCAUAAAGCCCAUUUCAAAAGGAAAAAAAGCAUUAUUUGUUUUUAAUUAUAUUUGUUUUAAUCCUACAAAAUCAUUUUAUUGUAAACACUAGCAGAGCUUUUCCCUCUGUACAAGGUGGGUAGUUUUAACCUGAAGUUCUAAACCCACAGAGUGAGAGCUAGUGUAGAAUUGUCUGUGUUUUUUGUUUGUAUGAGUAAAUAGAUGCAUUGUCAUAAUAAAAUGCAUUUCAGAGAAUAUGCAUUUUACCUUUGGGAAUAUGUUAAUUUCAGGCAGCAUUCCCUAUGGGAAAGGUGAUACCAGCUCUGAUAUGCAAAGCAUAUGAUAAUUUAUCAUUCUAACUUCAACAUAUAAUAGGGAUUGUGACCUGAUAUUUGGAGAUGUAAAUAUUGCUCAGCAUAUUAAUCCUGAUGGAAUAUAGCAUUGUAGUUGACUUUUUAAAAAAAAACAACAAAAACUAUUAAAAAAAACAAAAACAAAUUGUGCUUUGAUGAGAAGGCUGCAGCUGACUUAGGAGAAGUCAGGUGUGCACACAGGCUCCAAACGCAGGCCAGCGGUUCCUGUUCAGGAGCAAUGAGGACUUUGGAGCAGUUUAAAUCUAUUGCUUUAAAUUGGAAGACAUUGGAGGCACUGGGAUGUGAUAGGCCCCUCUCUCUCCCAUUCAGCGCCUGUUGAUGUUACAGCAGGCACAGAUGUGUUAGAUGCUCACUAGAGUUUAUGUCUUAUAUUAAAUUGUAUACAGUUUUUAUUCUAACCACUAACUAGGUAGGAUGCCCCUUCAGAACAAGCAGAGUGUAUCUUUUCUCCCUCCUCUGUCUAAUCAAGUAUUGUGCAGAUUCGUUCAACUUUGUAAAUAUGGACAUCACUUUUUUUUUUUUCUUUUAAGAAAACACUUGUAUCUGCUUUCUGGAGUUUUCAGGGAGGAGGCUGUCUGCAUGCUCCAUGGAAACCCAGCAAUGAUUGUGCACGUUGAGACAUGUGCUUUUGUUUCUUAGCCGGAUGCUUUAUCCCUGUACGUACGGUAGAAACCAAAAGCUAGGGAAACAGAUACUCUUUACGCCAUCAUACCACAUGUCAUGUUUUUAAAGCACUGGGUUAGAGAAGAGUUCGUUCAAACCAAGAUGCUGUAAUUGUUGGUUUUGUUUUUUUACAUUGCAAUAUGUUUUGGGUCUUUUUCAUUUUUAAUUUUGCAGUUAAGAGAAAUGGAAAUGAGUUUUGUUAACCCUGCAGAAUGCUUGCAGGACUCACACCAGAUGACUUCCGUUUAUACCCCACUGUGUCAGUACAAACAUCAAAAUACCCUGUGUCUGAGACAGACUUCCUACAUCAGGGACAGGUAUCUGUGUGUCAUUAUACAAAACAGUUCUAGGGGGAUGAACUACAUAGUAAAAAAAAAUUAAAAUAAAUAGUACCUAGUGUAAAAUAAUUUUAUAAAUGAUCUUUUGUACUUUAGGACAUUAAAUUGUACAACUUUUGUAUAUAUAAAGCUUAGGAACUUUCUGUUUAGCAGGAAGGCAACACAUUCCUACACUUUUAAUGUAUAUGUUUGUUAUAAUGUCCAUGUAAACAUGCCCUAUGUUUGUGCCUUUUAAUUAGUUUGUCUCAAUAAACAAGAUGUAGAGAAAAAUA